AUGGCUGCUGAAUUUGCUGCCUCUACCGCUGCCAAUGCUAAUUCAAUAUUAAGCGAAAAGAUCUUCAAUCGAAAAAAAAAUGGGAUAAAACAUGAUAUCGAUGAGGCUAUAAGGCAAACUGAGGUCAUUGAGGAGGACGUCCAGGACUGGGUAGAAAGGGCAGGGAAAGAACUGAAAGAAACCCAGAGUUUGGAAGCUGAAAUAGAACGUAUGAAGUGUUUCAAUUGGUGCCCAAGCUGGGGUUGGCGAUAUUGCUUAAGUAUGAAAGUGGCAAAGAAGACGAACUCUAUCAAUAAACUUGUUGAGAGUUGUAACUUUCCACGGGUGGGCUACUGUCCUCCUCUCCAGGGGAUAGAAUUCUUCCCAUUUGAGGAUUUCAUGCCUUCUAAAUCUUCAAAUUCAACUUUCAAUGACAUCAUCAAGGCUCUAAACACUAAUGGUGUGAACAUGAUUGGAUUGUAUGGAAUGCCAGGGGUGGGCAAAACAACUUUGGCAAAAGAAGUAGGGAAGCAUGCUAAAGAACAAAAACUCUUUGAUAAUGUUGUGAUGGUUACAAUUUCCCAAACUCCAGACAUCAUCAGAAUUCAAGAUAAAAUUGCAGAAUUAUUAGGUUUGAAUUUUAAAGCAAGGACGGAAGAAGGAAAAGCAGAAGAGUUAUGGCCGAGAUUGAAAGUCGUUGAGAAGAUCCUCAUAAUUAUUGAUGAUGUUUGGAAUGCAUUUAAAUUGCAGACUGUAGGUAUUUCAUUCGGUGUAGAACAUGAGGGUUGCAAAAUUCUCCUGACUACGCGCUUUCAACAAGUCUGUGAUAAAAUGAAUUGUAAAGAGAAAUUUCAACUCUACAUCUUAUCUGAAGAUGAAGCAUGGGCUUUAUUCAAAUAUAAUGCGGGUCUAAAAUAUGUUUCUUCGACAUUAAAUGAUGUAGCCAAGGAGGUUGCUCGUGAAUGUAAGGGUUUGCCUCUUGCAAUUGUAUCAAUCGCAAAAGCUCUAAAUGGUGCAGAUCUAAAUGGGUACUUGCAUAUUAGUGUUGAGUGGUUGAUUAUGUUCGGAAUUGGUUAUGGAUUAUUUUCUGAUGUUUAUUCAAUUCAAGACUUCCUGACUGAAAUUUGUGACACACUAAGGAAACUUCAAAAGUCUGAUUUGUUAUUGACAGUUAAUGAUCGUGUACAUGCUUAUCAUAAUGAAAUCUAUGUAAGCAUGCAUGACGUGGUUCGUGACUUUGCUCAUUGGAUAACAUUGAGAGAGAAAAAUAUAUUCAUGGUAAAAGAGGGGUUAACGGGAUGGCCUACAAGUGAAAGUUGUGGAUGUUGUACAACAAUCUCCUUUUGGAACAGCAAUAUAAACAAAUUUCCCGAUAAAUUGGAAUUUUCAGAGCUCAAAAUUUUGGUUUUUGCAAGAAAGAAUUUAGUGAGAAUUCCGAGUGCAGUUGUUAAAGGAAUGAAGGCCCUUCGAGUUUUACAUCUCAAAAAUGUCAGUUUUUCACUGGAAGUACUUAAAUUCAUAACAGAUCUUCGAACUUUGUGCUUUGUAAAUUGCGAGCUCGAGAACAUCUCAUUAUUGAGAAAUAUGGAAACCCUUGAGAUUCUUGCAUUUUCUGAUACUAAUAUUUAUGAGUUACCUGAAGAAUUAGUGGCAUUGCAUAGACUAAAAUCGCUACAUUUUUCUCACUUUGGAAGCAAACAGAUAAAUUUUCCCCCUAAUUUGCUAUCAAGGAUAAGGGAGGAAACAGCUGUUAAGACAUUGUAUCCAUCUAGGUUCAUAUAUGCUCAAGAUCCCUAUGUGUCGCAAGCACCUCUAAUAACUCAUCAACCUUAUAUUGGCCCUUCUGCCAAGUUGCCAUCAGUUCAGACAAAUGUCAAUCUCGAGUGCACUCUUAACGACUCCACUACUGUGCCUAAUGUGGAUGAUCCUAAAGAAUUAAAAAAAUUAAAAAGAGUGCUAAAUCCAUCAAGAGAUAUAGUGAUGAAGGAUAAAUUUGAUAUGUUAAAAGAAAUAUUGAAGGUAAUUGAAGGCCAUGAUGUGUACAGGAAUGUCGACACCAAUGAACUUAGUAUAGUGCCUGAUCUUGUUAUUCCAUCAAAAUUUAAAGCCCCAGAUUUGGAGAAAUAUGAUGAAAUGAAAUGUCUUUUAACACACAUCACCAUGUACUAUCGAAAGAUGACAGGCCACACUCAUGAUGAUAAGUUAUUGAUCUAUUGCUUUUAG